GUGCUACGACUGAGAAUCCGGUUGAGGACAUCAAGAAGGUUUCUUCACCGACGACAUCGCCAGCUGGAGCUGCUCUCCGAAAUUCAACCAGUGCAUUGCAAGCCUCAGAUGGCUCCCUGAGAGGGUCAAUGAGUAGUUUACGGAGUCAGAGGCCUGUAGAGAUCGAUACGUCAACGACUCCUGGGGAACUCUAUCGAAACCGUGGUAGCACUACAACGAGAAAAGGAAAAUCUUCCUCUG